AUGCCUGGGAAUGACCUGUCUGAUAUGUUCAACAGCAUUCCUCCUGUCACCCGUUAUUGGUUCUCGGGGACAAUAUUAUUUUCACUCCUCGGUAAAUUUAAUAUUAUUGAUCCCAUGCGCAUGAUUUUGUUGUGGAGCAGAAUGUAUUCCCACUUCGAGAUAUGGAGGCCAGUCACAGCUUUGUUGUUCUAUCCAGUAUCCCCAUCAACUGGAUUUCACUUCCUAAUCAAUCUUUACUUCUUGUAUUCAUACUCCUCUCGAUUAGAGAAUGGUAUGUUCCUCGGACGCACUGCAGAUUAUGUAUUUAUGUUUUUGUUCACUUGGCUAGCACUGGUGAUUGUCAGUUUCUUGGCUUCAUUUUACGUGCUUCUGGAGCCAAUGGUACUUACAGUGCUUUAUAUAUGGAGUCAAUUAAAUCGUGAUGUUAUUGUUCAAUUUUGGUUUGGUAUGCAGUUCAAAGCAAUGUACUUUCCGUGGGUCUUGGUAAUAUUUAACUUAAUAGUGCGUGGGAGUGCAAUGAUGGAACUGGUUGGAAUAAUCGUUGGACAUCUUUACUACUUUUUCGUUUUCCAGUAUCCCCAAGAGUAUGGUGGUCAAGCUAUAUUAAAGACUCCUGGAUUUCUAUAUAGACUAUUUCCAAACCAAAGGGGUAUUACAACUGGUUUUGGGGAAGCCCCACGCGCAAGACAACCAACCACAACUACGGGAAGAUUUCCUGGACACGGUCGGGUUUUGGGAAACGAUGAAUAA